AAUAGAAACUUGUUUCCCAAAAGUACCGACGCAUGCACUACACGUACGUACGAAUGUUCAAAUUAAUCAAAAACAAAAGCAAAUUUAACAAAACUUUAGUAACUUAGCAAGUUUUUUAGAAACAAAAACAAGCUUAUAAAAAUGUCAUUUAUAAAAUAAAAAUUAAUUCAAGGAAACAAAAGUAAACAUUUCAACACUUUUCGGCCUCGUGUUCAAAAUUUCAGUUUUAUUCAAUGGCAACUGCAAAUGCAAGUUAUUCAGGUAAUCCUUGGGACGACGAAUUUGAUGAUAGCAAUAAAACGAUAGAAAACAAAGUCCUUAGGAACUCAACAUCGACUAUAGAUUUGCAAAACGAAAAUUCAUUGCCUCCUAAUAACGAAUCAAGAACAUAUUUUAAUCAAAGCGAAGAUGGUAUGCUUCAAGAGCCACCCCUUCCAAUUGGAAACGAUUCUGGAAAACCCUUGCGUAGUCGAAAAUCUAUUUUAGAGGAACAUGGUCUCUUAUUGGGAAAAAUUAUUGGUUGUGGAAGUUAUGCUAAGGUUAAGGUUGCUUUCUCAGAAGAAUUGCAAAAAGAAGUAGCUGUUAAAAUUAUUUCAAAACUUAAAGCUCCACCAGAAUACACGAAGAAAUUUCUGCCACGAGAAAUUGACGCUGUAAAGGGUUUGCAUCAUGAAAAUCUUAUACAAUUCUAUCAGAGCAUUGAAACAAGUCAUAGAGUAUACUUAGUAAUGCAAAUAGCGGAGAAUGGUACAAUGCUUGAUUAUAUACGAGAAAAAAAGUACUUAGAUGAGAUAAGCGCCCGUAGACUUUUUCGACAGCUUAUUAGUGUUAUCGGAUAUUGUCAUUCCAAAGGUGUUGUACAUAGAGAUAUCAAGUGUGAAAACCUUCUGCUUGAUUCAGAAUUCAACUUAAAAAUUAUUGAUUUUGGAUUUGCUCGAAAAGAUACUUUAACUAGCGAUAACACGGUUAUUCUUUCGAAAACUUUCUGCGGUAGUUAUGCUUACGCAAGUCCAGAAAUUCUGAAAGGAAUUGCAUAUAACCCCUUUUUAUCGGAUAUCUGGGCAACGGGUGUUGUUUGCUAUGCAAUGGUAUUCGGCCGACUGCCAUAUGAUGGAUCAAAUGUACAUGUCUUACUUAAAAGAGUUAAUUCGAAUCUUGUCUUUCCUAAAUCGCCUAAGGCAAGUAACGAAUGCAAAAAUUUGAUUUAUCACAUUUUGGCACCUCUGAAAAUUAGAUAUCGCAUACCCCAAAUACAAGAAGAUCCUUGGUUUAAUGGUAAAAAAAUAAAAAAUGGAAGUAACUCAUUAGCUAAGGGUGUAAGUACCUAGUUACAUUUUAAAUUAAAUUAAAAUAAAUGUUGGUUAACUGCAGAAAAAUCGUUUUUAUUAUUACUUUUAAAUAAAAAAACAUUUGACUUUAAAUUGAUUUUUUUUCCAACCUAUUUU